AUGGAAGAACAAGAUAAUGGUAGCAAUAGUGGCACUCUGGACGAUUCUGCCAUUCUGUGGAGUGACGAUCCUGAGAAAGAUUACCUUGAAUACAUGCUUAAACUAGAACGAGAGCAAAGAGCGAGCCGUGGUAAAUCUGCUGAAGAUAGCUUGGUGGGAGACGACACCAUUGCCGAAAUUCUUCGUGCAGGACCCAGUGGUGUCACGGUUCCGUCCAUUGAUGACGACAACAAUGAUCUUACUACCAUGGAGGGUUUUUCGUUAACUACACCCAACCAACAAACAGCGCAGGAUCAGUCUCCCCCGCGAAGACCACCAUCCUCCUGGGAACGAUUAGGUGGCAACACUCAACAACAACAACAACAACAACAACAGCCCGUUAAAGACUACUCGCUGAUAGCAACUGGCUUUCCGAGCGACGAAUCUAGCGAUGCCAAGGCAAGCAAAACCAUGAAAGAAGCACCGGGGAAAUACAGUAAUCAACACCCCAGCGUUAUCUAUGUUGCCGACAGAAGCCCACCUACUCCUCAGACUUUGUUCUCUAAAAAUUCUUGGCAAGAAAGCAGUUUGGAAAGCAGCGACAAGGCUCCAGACGGGAUGGUGGAACUAAGACGAAAGCUACCAUACGUGGUCACACUCCUAUCUUGCAUCGUGAUUGGUUCGCUGGUAGUCGCGAUAUGUCUGUCUCAUUUUCUGACCAAGGCUGGAGCUCCGGACCAUUCUGCAAUCAACAGCAGAGUAGAUCGAACUGGAGUCUUUGGUGUUGGUAAUGACAAAGAUGAUAGGCUUGACGCCACGGCCAUGCCAACGUUCUCUCCAUAUCCUUCCUAUGAACAGACCUCAAAGCCAACCCAAGUUUCAACGUCUGCGCCUUCGCUUUCACCGACUGCUACAGUCUUGUGUGGUUGCCCAUAUUGUACCAGUGAUGUCUUGUCAGCAGAAGUAGCGUUUGCCUUUACGUGUCACGAUCGGCUUCAAUUGCUGAUGGAAGAGUUCAUGCUCACGGAAUCAGCCGCCUGUAACAAAGUGACAAGCGAGGAGUAUCCAACUCUUUGCUCACCGGAACUCUGUGAUCCGGCUCAAUGUCAGUUGAUGAUGGAAGAAGAUUUUGACACUAGUCAACCUCAACAAAGUACCGGUACCCCCUCAACGCAGUCUCCUACCCUUCCGGUGACUCCAGAACCGUCCACUCUUUCACCGACAACUCUGCCUCCAAGCCUCCGGCCCACUUUGCCUCCAACAACAUUGCCUCCAAGUCUUCGGCCCACGACUGGUAGCCCCACUAACAGCCCCUCUUUGCGACCUUCAACCUUGUCCUUGACGUUUCAAGGAAACAGUGAGAAUCGGCUGCAGCCUUUGGGCCGUUGUGAAGGAGACUGUGAUAGCGACGACGACUGUGGAGAGGGCCUCAUUUGCUAUCAACGAGGCAAGAGGGACCCGGUUCCAGGAUGUCUGCGUGGUGAACGUGAAAAGAGUGCCACGGAUUUUUGUGUUCCUGAGGAUGCCACCUUGGCUCCCACCACGGCAAAGCCAAGUCGUAGGCCAACACUGCCGCCCACACAGAGACCUACAACCAAGUGGCCGACGAUAACACCGGUACCGCAAACGAAUGCACCUACGAGUUGGAGGGUACUUGGGAAUCCUCCUCCUACGUCUGAUGGCAGGGAAGUAGUCAACUGGAUGCCAACUUUGAUUCCUACAGUAGUAGAAGAAAACGAUGGUAUUUUCUCCGUUCCUAGCCUUGCGUGUGGAAUCCUUGGCCUUUUCUGUGGUUGA